AAAAUACCUGAAACACUUGAAUGCAACAUGAACUCUGGGCAACGGAGCCGGUCUCUUUGAAGUUGAAUUUGCCGGGACCGGAGUUGAAUCAGUCGGAUUUCUGAGAUCCAUGAGUAACUGCGGAGACACAGACUUCUUCUGGGAGUCGAUUACUUCGACACCUGCCAAUGGAAAAAAAAAGAAAAAGAACUUCAAAAAGGACAAAAUACAGUUAAAAUAUGAAGGGAAAACAGAUACAAAAAAACAGAAAAAAAAGAAAAAGAAACAUUCAAAAUUCACAGAAGCACUGGAGGAAAGAAGAGAAAAGAAAAAAGAAAAGAAAAAACGAUUUUCGGCUUCAGAAUUAAAUUAUUUUAUAUUCACACAGGGAACUAGUGCACCUGCUAAACCUCCUGUGAAGACGGAAACACUCAAUCCACAAUGUAGUAACACUCUUAAAAAUGACAGAGAGGGCAAAAAGAGAAUUAAAAGAAAAAAGAAGGUGGCUUUUGACUUACCCCCAGGUUACACCUGUGCCAAACGGCCUAAAAUCGUCUCUUCAACUCAGCAGGACUCGCCCAAAGAGAGCGUCCUCCUGGAGAAUAAAGCUGUGGGACACGAUGAGACCUAUUCCCAGAUCACAGACAGCCAGGCUCAGACACAUGUGGAUGAAUCUCAAUGCAACACUGAAGAUUUAAACAGCCAGGACCUGUUUAUCACACAGAAGACAUUCAGAGUUCUGCCCUCGGAUUCUUCCAGCGGUGAAGCCAGUGACAAAGCGGUUACCUCAAGUCCUCAGAUGUUUACACCGCAAGACACGCUGCACACAUCCGUGAUAUGGAUAAAACAGCCUGUUGAGGGAUUAUACAAAUGUGUGCAAGACUCAGAUUUAGAGCAAGAGCAUAUGCAGAAGCAAAAGGUAGCACGUCCCAAGAAGGUGUCCUCCAAGACGCAGAUGCAUUUAGAUGCAAACCUCAAUAAGGACACUAGAGUAUCAGGCCCUGCACGUAUAAUGCCCGGCACUGUGAAGGCACGCCUGGGUGAGCCACUGGAUGUAAUCCUGGAUGUUGCAACGUCAAAUAAACAUCACCAUAUUUCAAUUGAACAGUCUCCCAUGACAGAUGAGCCACCGGUGCUUGCCACUAUGUCCACUUCCACACAGACAGAGAAUUUAUUCACCACUGAACUCUGCUCCUACCUGAACUUUAGUAGAAGAAGCAGAGUGAAUGUUCGCCCCGAGGACUUGAAACCUUUGGACCUGAGCCUGCCGCAGAGGGCCAGAAGAGAGCUCGGGAUUUGUCUGCCGCUGUUGUCUUUACCAGAAGACAGCAGCGGCAGCAAACACAAUGAGCCCGACUUGCAUCCAUAUUGUUAUUUAGACAUGAACACAGAGGUAGAAUCCAGCGAGGACGAGCCACUCUGUCACAGUGUCAAGCUGGAGCGGACUCAGGUGAGGGCGGUCCAGAUGAGACUCAACGAGUCCUUCUUCUUUAAGAAAAAAGGAGAGGGAAGAUCGCCCAAACCAGCGUCUCCACUGAUGAAACUCAACCAGGGCAGAGAGGUGAAGAGCAGGAAAGUCACAUCAAAGUAGCAAGUUAAGGACAUUAACCUGCAGUAAGUGGCUGCUGCAUAGAGGCCAUUUAAUGUCUACAACAGUAUUUUUUUAUAUGUGUAGAUUAAAGAGCAGCCAUGCAUCAAAUUAACAGGUAAAUUCAAAUGAAUCUAUUGAUGCUAAAACUCGGUCUGAACGUUGUCUUUGAAGGCUAUAAAUCUUUGAGUAGAACAGUGUGAUGUUAACAGUGGGACACUAAAGUAGAAUGUUCAAGUUGUUGUGAUGAAAAGGAAAUUCUCUCACACAAUACUCAUAUUCAGGAUAUCUUCAUGUAUUUCUACUUAGUUUGAAUUUUUAAGUGUUUCAAUGCACAGAAGUUGUGUGUUACUCUAACAUAUCAAUUUUAGUUAGAAAUUGACAUUGUUGUUUGUAGUCUUUUGUUAUUUGUUCCGUGUGAAGAGUUUUAAGUGUUGUUUUUUUCAAACCAAGCAAUAAAAAUAAUUCAAUAUCAA